ACCUCGAGUUUCCCCUCGUCUAUCUCCCCCCUCUCUCCGUCGCGAUGAUGUCCCAGUCUCUCAGAGCUUCCGUGAGUUCACCGCAAUAUUUCCUCCGUGGUUGGCGGUAUAGUCCUCCUCCGUGUGACUGACCCUUUCUGGUAGCGCUCUCUCUUCACCCGCGUCUCUCGGCAACAGGUUUCUGUUGCCCGCCGCACUUUCCUGACCUCCGCCAUCCGUCAGGGUAGGUGAUCCAUCUCCUUGUUCUGCCGCCGUUGUCAACUUUCGGGAAAUGGUCGUGUAGUCGCAUUGGCCUCGCGAUGUUCGACCCGGCGUGCUCCCUACGACGCAAGUCUAACGUUCUCUCUUUCGCAGCCGACCCUGUUCAGGACCUCUACCUCCGUGAACUCCGCGCCUACAAGCCCACUCCCAUCAAGCCCGGUGAUGCCGAUGCUCACGUCCUGAAGUUCUCCCCCCCUGCCGCUCCCCAGUCCCCCGAGGAGGCCAACCUUGCCAGUGAGCUGAAGUCCUACGAGAGCCAGGAGGUCGAGGUCGAGGGUCAGGCCGCCGCUGGUGAGGCUGCCCCCGCUGAGGAGAGCUGGUUCGAGGAGGAGGUGGAGACUCCCGCUGCCCACUAGGUUGCUUGUCUAGACGGCAAGAUAGAAGGAUAUCUCGGGGCUAAUGGGCAAACGUGAUGAGACCGAUGUGAUGAGCUGUCUCCCGGUUGUUGUGCCUCCGAAGGUCACUUUGUAAAUUAAAACCUAUUUGGAGCAUAUGAAGUUCU